GAGAGUGAAACUGUCCUUCCCACCAUCUCUUAGAGUGAGAGAGCCAGGUAGGGCUGUUGUCCUCAGAGAGUGUAAAAGUUUUGAAAAGGCAGCAGAAAGUCAAAAGAGAUGACCCCAAGGAAGUGAGGAAGGCGAGUGUUCUCAUCUUGGACUGACUACAAUUCAUUCACAGGAAUAGCUAAUAUUGGAGUUCUUAUUUUUUCUAGGUGCUUGAACACAGAACAUCUCACUUAACUCUUAGCACAAUCCUUAAGAGCCAAAUUUGUGAUCCACCUCCAGAAAAGACUUGAAUCUUUACAGUUGGAAUUUCCGUGUCGUGAGUGCUGAAGAGGAGCCCUUGGAGGACAGGAAGAUGGUCUGCAGCAUUGUGUCUCCCACCCAACCUGGCGCAGCCUUUGGCAGGAUUUCAGUUUUUCUGACUGUUACGUGAAAGGAUGAUUGCUCACAAACAGAAAAAGACAAAGAAAAAACGUGCUUGGGCAUCAGGUCAACUCUCUACUGAUGUUACAACUUCUGAAAUGGGGCUCAAGUCCUUAAGUUCCAACUCUAUUUUUGAUCCGGAUUACAUCAAGGAGUUGGUGAAUGAUAUCAGGAGGUUCUCCCACGUGUUACUAUAUUUGAAAGAAGCCAUAUUUUCAGACUGUUUUAAAGAAGUUAUUCAUAUACGUCUAGAGGAACUGCUCCGUGUUUUAAAGUCUAUAAUGAAUAAACAUCAGAACCUCAAUUCUGUUGAUCUUCAAAAUGCUGCAGAAAUGCUCACUGCAAAAGUGAAAGCUGUGAACUUCACAGAAGUUAAUGAAGAAAACAAAAACGAUCUCUUCCAGGAAGUGUUUUCUUCUAUUGAAACUUUGGCAUUUACCUUUGGAAAUAUCCUUACAAACUUCCUUAUGGGAGAUGUAGGCAAUGAUUCAUUACUGCGACUGCCUGUUUCUCGAGAAACUAAGUCAUUUGAAAAUGUUUCUGUGGAAUCAGUGGACUCAUCCAGUGAAAAAGGAAAUUUUUUCCCUUUAGAACUAGACAACGUGCUGUUAAAGAACACUGACUCUAUCGAGCUGGCUUUGUCAUAUGCUAAAACUUGGUCAAAAUAUACUAAGAACAUAGUUUCAUGGGUUGAAAAAAAGCUUAACUUGGAAUUGGAGUCCACUAGAAAUAUGGUCAAGUUGGCAGAGGCAACUAGAACCAACAUUGGAAUUCAGGAGUUCAUGCCACUGCAGUCUCUGUUUACUAAUGCUCUUCUUAAUGAUAUAGAGAGCAGUCACCUUUUACAACAAACAAUUGCAGCUCUCCAGGCUAACAAAUUUGUGCAGCCUCUACUUGGGAGGAAAAAUGAAAUGGAAAAACAAAGGAAAGAAAUAAAAGAGCUUUGGAAACAGGAGCAAAAUAAAAUGCUUGAAGCAGAGAAUGCUCUCAAAAAGGCAAAAUUAUUAUGCAUGCAACGUCAAGAUGAAUAUGAGAAAGCGAAGUCUUCCAUGUUUCGUGCAGAAGAGGAGCAUCUGUCUUCAAGUGGUGGAUUAGCAAAAAAUCUCAACAAGCAACUAGAAAAAAAGCGAAGGUUGGAAGAGGAGGCUCUCCAAAAAGUAGAAGAAGCAAAUGAACUUUACAAAGUUUGUGUGACAAAUGUUGAAGAAAGAAGAAAUGAUCUAGAAAAUACCAAAAGAGAAAUUUUAGCACAACUCCGGACACUUGUUUUCCAGUGUGAUCUUACCCUUAAAGCUGUAACAGUUAACCUCUUCCACAUGCAGCAUCUGCAGGCUGCUUCCCUUGCAGACAGUUUACAGUCUCUCUGUGAUAGUGCCAAACUCUAUGACCCAGGCCAAGAGUACAGUGAAUUUGUCAAGGCCACAAAUUCAACUGAAGAAGAAAAAGUUGAUGGAAAUGUAAAUAAACAUUUAAAUAGUUCCCAACCUUCAGGAUUUGGACCUGCCAACUCUUUAGAGGAUGUUGUACGCCUUCCUGACAGUUCUAAUAAAAUUGAAGAGGACAGAUGCUCUAACAGUGCAGAUAUAACAGGUCCUUCCUUUAUAAGAUCAUGGACAUUUGGGAUGUUUAGUGACUCUGAGAGCACUGGAGGGAGCAGCGAAUCUAGGUCUCUGGAUUCAGAAUCUAUAAGUCCAGGAGACUUUCAUCGAAAACUUCCACGAACACCAUCCAGUGGAACUAUGUCCUCUGCAGAUGAUCUAGAUGAAAGAGAGCCACCUUCCCCUUCAGAAACUGGACCCAAUUCCCUUGGAACAUUUAAGAAAACAUUGAUGUCAAAGGCAGCUCUCACACACAAGUUUCGCAAAUUGAGAUCCCCCACGAAAUGCAGAGAUUGUGAAGGCAUUGUAGUCUUCCAAGGUGUUGAAUGUGAAGAGUGUCUCCUUGUUUGUCAUCGAAAGUGUUUGGAAAAUUUAGUCAUUAUUUGUGGUCAUCAGAAACUUCCAGGAAAAAUACACUUAUUUGGAGCAGAAUUCACACAAGUUGCAAAAAAGGAACCAGAUGGUAUCCCUUUUAUACUCAAAAUAUGUGCCUCAGAGAUUGAAAAUAGAGCUUUGUGUCUACAGGGAAUUUAUCGUGUGUGUGGAAACAAAAUAAAAACUGAAAAACUGUGUCAAGCUUUGGAAAAUGGAAUGCACUUGGUAGAUAUUUCAGAAUUUAGUUCACAUGAUAUCUGUGACGUCUUGAAAUUAUACCUUCGGCAGCUGCCAGAACCAUUUAUUUUAUUUCGAUUGUACAAGGAAUUUAUAGACCUUGCAAAAGAGAUCCAACAUGUAAAUGAAGAACAAGAGACAAAAAAGGAUAGUCUUGAAGACAAAAAAUGGCCAAAUAUGUGUAUAGAAAUAAACCGAAUUCUUCUAAAAAGCAAAGACCUUCUAAGACAAUUGCCAGCAUCAAAUUUUAACAGUCUUCAUUUCCUUAUAGUACAUCUAAAGCGGGUAGUAGAUCAUGCAGAAGAAAACAAGAUGAACUCCAAAAACUUGGGGGUGAUAUUUGGACCAAGUCUCAUUAGGCCAAGGCCCACAACUGCUCCUAUCACCAUCUCCUCCCUUGCAGAGUAUUCAAAUCAAGCACGCUUGGUAGAGUUCCUCAUUACUUACUCACAGAAGAUCUUCGAUGGGUCCCUACAACCACAAGAUGUUAUGUGUAGCAUAGGUGUUGUUGAUCAAGGCUGUUUUCCAAAGCCUCUUUUAUCACCAGAAGAAAGAGACAUUGAACGUUCCAUGAAGUCACUAUUUUUUUCUUCAAAGGAAGAUAUCCAUACUUCAGAGAGUGAAAGCAAAAUUUUUGAACGAGCUACAUCAUUUGAGGAAUCAGAACGCAAGCAAAAUGCGUUAGGAAAAUGUGAUGCAUGUCUCAGUGACAAAGCACAGUUGCUUCUAGACCAAGAGGCUGAAUCAGCAUCCCAAAAGAUAGAAGAUGGUAAAACCCCUAAGCCACUUUCUCUGAAAUCUGAUAGGUCAACAAACAAUGUGGAGAGGCAUACUCCAAGGACCAAGAUUAGACCUGUAAGUUUGCCUGUAGAUAGACUACUUCUUGCAAGUCCUCCUAAUGAGAGAAAUGGCAGAAAUAUGGGAAAUGUAAAUUUAGACAAGUUUUGCAAGAAUCCUGCCUUUGAAGGAGUUAAUAGAAAAGACGCUGCUACUACUGUUUGUUCCAAAUUUAAUGGCUUUGACCAGCAAACUCUACAGAAAAUUCAGGACAAACAGUAUGAACAAAACAGCCUAACUGCCAAGACUACAAUGAUCAUGCCCAGUGCACUCCAGGAAAAAGGAGUGACAACAAGCCUCCAGAUUAGUGGGGACCAUUCUAUCAAUGCCACUCAACCCAGUAAGCCAUAUGCAGAGCCAGUCAGGUCAGUGAGAGAGGCAUCUGAGAGACGGUCUUCAGAUUCCUACCCUCUCGCUCCUGUCAGAGCACCCAGAACACUGCAGCCUCAACAUUGGACAACAUUUUAUAAACCACAUGCUCCCAUCAUCAGUAUCAGGGGGAAUGAGGAGAAGCCAGCUUCACCCUCAGCAGCAGUGCCUCCUGGCACAGCUCACGAUCCCCAGGGUCUCAUGGUGAAGUCAGUGCCAGACCCAGACAAAGCAUCAGCUUGUCCUGGGCAAGCAACUGGUCAACCUAAAGAAGACUCUGAGGAGCUUGGCUUGCCUGAUGUGAAUCCAAUGUGUCAGAGACCAAGGCUAAAACGAAUGCAACAGUUUGAAGACCUCGAAGAUGAAAUUCCACAAUUUGUGUAGGGUUGUCAAAUUUCAGGGUUUUUUUGUUGUUGUUGUGUUAUUUUGUGGUAUUGUGCUUGUUUUGUGAAAGAAUGUUUUGACAGGGCCCCUUUUGUAUAGGACUGCCAAAUCAUGGGUUUUGCCUUUUGUUGUUGUAUUUAUCCUCUGUUGGUAAUACUGAAUGGUAGAAUGUUUUGAUAGGGUCACAUUUGUGCCUCACUGGAAUGAUCUUUAAAUUCUGUAUUUUUGAAGUUGUGAAUAAGAUAGGUGGAUUCGUAUUUUUUAAAGUUCAGUUGACUUUCCCCACCAAAUGGUCCAUUUGAAUGCAUCCCUAAUAUAUGAUAUAGUCUCAACUAAUAGGUGCAAUUUGGGAAAAUCAGGUUUAUUUUUUUGGAGUGGAACUGUUAUAAGUGCUUAUUUAUAAAAGGAAUGUUUCUGAAUGCAAGUGCCUAAAAAGAUCUUUGUUGGUAUGCAUAUGUUUUUUCACACAAUUUUAUAGUGCAUCUUUUACCAUUUGUGCUUUUUUAAGAUACGUAUGUAAGCUCUUAUUUUUCAAUUGGCAAUUCAGUUAAUUUUUAAAUGUUUACAUAAUGGCCAGAAGGCUUGCAAAUCUGUAUUUAAUUGCAUUUUAAUUAAUUGCCAGUUUUUACAUGUGAUAGUCAAUUGUACAAAGAAAAUGCACUUAAACCUGUUUCUAAAUUAUAUAUUCAGUUAUAUUUGGCUUUAGAUGGUUUUAAUACAUUUGAUAGCUUUUCACCCCUUGGCUUUAUUUUAUAUAAACUUUUGUUUUUUAGCAGUUCUGAACUUUUUAGUAUUUUAUAAAUGGUCCAAAAAAUGCCUGUUUCAGAAGUUUUUGAAUUCAGUGCAUUUCCUCUUGAUUUGUCUGGGUUAAAACCAUUCCUUUUGUAUGAAAUGUUUUGACUUAGGAAUCAUUUUAUUUACUUGUUCUACCUGGAUUGUCAACAACUGAAAGUAUAUAUUUCAUCCAAAUCAAGCUAAAAUUUAUUUAAGUUGAUUCUGAGAGUACAGGUCAGUAAGCCUCAUUAUUUGGAAUUUGAGAGAAGGUAUAGGUGAUCGGAUCUGUUUCAUUUAUAAAAGGUCCAGUUUUUAGGACUAGUACAUUCCUGUUAUUUUCUGGGUUUUAUCAUUUUGCCUAAAAUAGGAUAUAAAAGGGACAAAAAAUAAGUAGACUGUUUUUAUGUGUGAAUUAUAUUUCUACUAAAUGUUUUUGUAUGACUGUGUUAUACUUGAUAAUAUAUAUAUAUAUAUAUCAACUUGUUAAAUUA